AUGGCACCUUAUGCAGUCCUCGCCAGAAGCGCACUCGAGGAGUCACAACCUCAUCUCCUCAAGCGCGAUCUCACAGUCAACCACACUCAAGCAGUCACCUUGGGCGUUAUGGGGGCGUACGUGGUUGUCAUCGCCCUGCUCUGGAACUUACCCUACGUCCGCUGGUCAUUAUGGCCUUUCAAGAUGCUGGUCAUCGCCUUUCAUGAAUUCGGCCAUGCCAUCACCGCAUGCUGCACAGGGGGCAGAGUCAAGUCCAUCUCGCUAGACCCCCACGAGGGCGGCGUUACGCACAUGCAGGGCGGCAUCAGCGCUGUCACCCUGCCUGCGGGAUACCUAGGCUCAUCCAUCAUCGGCGCUCUGCUGAUCUUCGCUGGGUUUGACAUUGUCGCAAGCAAAGUGGCUAGCAUCAUUCUGGGGGUAUGCUUCUUGCUUACGCUGUGGUGGGCGCGGAGGGACUGGUUGACUAUCUUGACCAUUCUGUUGGCCGUCGGGUUACUGGUCGCGUGUUGGUUUAUUGUUCAUGGGGAGGCGUUGCGGUGGGUUGUGCUAUUCAUCGGUGUCAUGUCGGCGCUUUACAGCGUAUGGGAUAUUUGUGACGAUCUCAUUAUCCGCAAAGUCAACACUUCCGAUGCAAGUGUCUUCGCGCAGAGGUAUGGUGGCUCUUCCCGCUGCUGGGGCGUCAUUUGGUCUAUCGUUUCCCUGCUGUUCAUGGCUGUUGCCAUUGUGGCGGCCAUCGCGGCGUUUCCCGAGUCGUUCAGCGAGCAGGAGGAGCAAUCCAAGCAUUUCAUUCCAACACGGUGA